AUGGAUCAAAUCUACAUUUAUGUGAUGCAAGUUGUACUUGCUGUCGGUGUCACAGUUGGUUCACAAACAUUUUACCAAAAUGAUAAGUACCAUUGGAUGUUCAGCAUUGUGAGAUAUGUAGUUUAUGACUUAACAAUUAAAUGUACCAAAAACUUAAGCUCAAUGGGAUAUGACAUGUUACACAAGAAAAGAUGGUUGAACACACAACUUGUAGAAAAUAUCAAUGCUGGUCAAAUAAUCAUUUUCAUUGGUUCAAUUGCAAUCUUAAUAAGCAAUAAUGAAAAGAUAUUUUCCGAAGACUUCCUUUUGCUGUUCAUUGCCUACUUGAUUUUGCAAUAUCCCGAAUUGGGAACCACACCCCUAUCUUCCAUAAGCUAUGGAGUAGGGAUGGCGUGCAACUUCUAUGAAGGAUACCUGAUGCACGUGAUACCUUCAGAUGGUGGUGACUUUGGUGGUUUCAUUCAAAACGUCCAAGCUUUCGAGGCUCGCGAAGGCAUUGUGGUGCCUGUCAGAAAGUUAUUCAUCAUCAUCACAAAGUCCAUGUAUAGCCCUCCAGAUCUACAACUGUUUAAUAAAGAAAAUAGACCAGACCUCUCAAAGUUGGAGUCCUGUUCGGUGAGAAUCGGUGAUUAUUCAAAGGGGCAUCUUCCCUCUUUUCCGGACAUUGAUGAUGCUGUGAUGUUCCAGUCGCUGGAAGAUCGGAGUAGGGAUGUGGGAGGGAUCAGGAACCGUAGCUACAAGAACACGGCGUACAAGAUCCACCGGCAGCGCGGCCCACCCGUCUACCUCGUGGCCGAGUGUGCUACGCCCCUGUAUACUUUGUACCGAGUCAUGGAGAACAAGGAGUUGUAUGAUGACUUGGCGAAGGUGAAUGUCCAAGAUGUUUGUGACGACUUCUGUUCCACACUGCUGCGACUUCUAGACAGGAGUUCAGAGUGUAGAGACCAGGUGGAACUAGUUCACUAUGAUGAUAGAGACCCAGAAGCGAACUUAGCAGACGUUAUACUCAACAGAAUACAACAGCUGGAACCAAGGUUUGAAGAGUUGAUUAGUGUUAGAAGAUAA